AUGUGGGACUGCAAACUUGAAAAUAAUACAAAAACACAAAUUCUUGAUGUGGAUUUCGGAUUAGUAGAAAAUGGAAAGACUGGUUUUAAAAUUGUUAAAUUAUUUAACAAAACGGAUGUGGAAAAGUCAUACGAGGUGCAAAGGGAUCCUUCAACAAAUCCAAUAGAUAAUGUCUUCGUAAUGAAGGAAUAUUCUUGGCUAUUAGAUUCUGGAUGUGAAUAUUCGUGUCACAUGACUUAUCAACCACGUGUGCCAUUUUGCAAAAAUACUGAUUAUUUCACAAUAGUCGACAAUGAUGGAAUUGAAUGUUUGAAAAUUGUCGCCAAAGGAAUUAGCACAGGUCCAAAGAUUGAAUUUUCCAAAACAAAAUUGAUAUUUUAUUUAGACGAGGGAGAAAAAGAGGAAUCAAUGAAGAGGGAAAUAAAAAUUAGGAACAUUUCGAAAGUGCCAGCAAUUUUUCAAUUUGAUGUCGACGAGGAGCAUUGUUCUUUUAAAGUAACUCCUUUAACUGGUGCGAUUGAACCGUCUUCAUUUAUUAAUAUCACAAUUUUCUUCGUUCCUUCUGCGACUGGAAUCUUCACCUAUUAUCUACCUUGUUUAUUUCUCAAUCACAGACCAAUGAUGAUUGAAUUGUACGGCUGCCUUGGAUCAGAAUACGCCAGUAAAAAUGAAUUUCAACGGGAUGUUUUAGCUUUUGCUCUGCCAGAGCAAGAAGGAUAUGAAAAUUACAUGAAUAACGUGAGUAAUGUUCGAAGGAGGGAACCGCCAUUAAUUUCCUUAUCAAAUAAUUACAUUGACUUUGGACAAGCAUCUAUUGGAUUUAAAAAUUACAAUCGCAGACCUCCUCAAACAGUCUGCUUUUAUAAUCAUUCUUCAAUAAAUUUUCAUCUAACGUGGGGAAAAGUAAAAUCUAAUAUUUUCAAAAUAAAUCCCCCUGAUAUCGAGGUUAAUGAGCAAAAUUCAUUUCUAUUUGAAAUCAGUUUUAAUCCUCGUGAAGAAAAUUCUUUCUACUAUGGAGAAAUUUUACUCAAUAUUUUUAGAAUUGAGGAGAAACAAUUGACAAUUCCGAUGGUAUUGCCUCUGAGAAUAAUGGGUCAUUCAUUUCGUAAAGGAACAAAGAGACCAAUUUCCCAUUACAAAAUUCCGCAAAUUGUUACAAUGCCCGCAUGUUGUCCGAACUAUCCAGUCUACACGACAUUUUUAAUAACAAAACUAGAGAGUCAAUCUCCCCUGAUGUUUCAUUUUUUACCACCAAACCCCACUCACUUCACAGUGAAACCAAUGUUGGGAAUAAUUUACAAAGAUUAUCAAAUAGUAACAGUUGAGUUAUUUCCUGAAGAUGAUGAACAUUUAUAUUACGAACGAUGGGCGAUUCAAUUCAAUGACUGUGAAAAAUCGAAAGAUUUUAUUGACUUUAAAGGAUACGCGGAAUAUUUGAAUCUACAAUUUGAAACUGAUAAUUGUUUUUCAUUUGAUCCUGUUUUUCCCGGAUGUCGUCAAUUUCGUCAAGUUUCGGUUAGAAAUAUUACACGACACUGCAUCAAAUACUCAUUUGAGGAUUUACCAGAGGAGAUAAAAAUCCAAAGUAAGGAGGAUAUUAUUAAUCCGAAUGAAACAAUUUGGCAAAAAUGGAUGUUUCAUCCUUUGGAAAUUGGAAAUUAUAAUUUCAAUGUCAGUUGUAAACUGAUUGCAGUCGAUGGCGAAACAAUGGAAGUGAAAGAUUCUCCAAAUAAAAUGCAUCAUGUUAAAGUAACAGGAGUUAGUGAGGAAGGAAAACUAAUGGCAACACCAGAUGAACUCAUUUUUGACGAAUUAGCCGUACAGAAUUCGAAAACUCUCAACUUCGAACUUAUUAAUUUGAGUCGUGUAGUUGUACACUUUAUAUUAUCAACAAAGCAGAAGAAUUUUCCCAUUGGAUGUCUCGAGAAAGAUGUGAAAAUUUCACCGCAAAUUGAAACAAUUUUACCGCAAGAAAAAAUGAUAAUCAACGUCAUACUGACUCCUCACGAAAAUGGAUUUUAUGAGUUUUAUGUUCAAUAUUCAGUGCGAGUGGAUGCGAAUUCGGAGAAAUUGGUUUUGAAUAAUGAACCAGAAAAUAUUUGUCACGUCAAUUGCGCCAGUGUCCAUCCAACUUUAAUCGUGAAAGAUCUUUUGUACUUUGCAUCACAACCUGGUAUCAGUAAAGUUUCUCUCUGGAAAUCGAUGAAAAUUAAUAAAAUUCAUGAGGAACCACUUCGCAUUGUACUUCUUUUAACGAAUCCAACGAAAUUUCCAGUUUCCUGGUCUUUGAAAAGGAUUCAAAUUUGUUCGUGUGAGAAAAAAUUGAAAUCACGAAGUUUAUCAUUUCAAAGUGUGGUUUAUGAUUGUGUGCAUAGGGAAAUAUUUAAAAUUUAUCCUAAAUCAGGAACAAUUCAGACACGGGGAGAGGAAAGACUUUCGAUGGAGAUUCGCUAUAAUUUAUUGGGAAUAACUGAACUCGAGUGGGAAUUAAUUUUAACUGACAAUAGACGUAUUACUUUAAAAGUCAACUUAAGAUGUGUUUCUGAAGAAUGUGAUGAACUCUUUUUUCAGGACACACUUUUAUCAUUCGAUAAAGUUCACAUUGGAGAUUUAAAUCCGAUUCAUCAGAUGUGCUGGUUGUAUAACAGUACUAAACGGGAAAUUUCCUACAGUCUGGAUGUAAAUACUUUAAAAGAAAUUAAUAGGAAAUUUUGUGCAGAUAUUUUCACUUGUGUCAAUCCUUCGGGUUCUUUGAAAGGAAUGUCUCAUCAACCAAUUAUUUUUAAAUAUCAUCCACGGCAAUUUCAAGAAUAUUUGAUAAAAAUCCCAUUAAAACUUGGCAAAAAGGAAACAGAGUUAAUCAUAAAAGGAGAGAGUUCCCGAGAUCCGAUAACUAAAGUCGUCGAAAGAAUUUCUCCUUAUCAGGAUAAAUUCUCAAUACCGGAAGUACCAGUCUAUUUUAAUACCGAUAGUCUCACUCUUUCUCCAUUAACAACGCAAUCAACAAUUACAAGAAUGAUCAUGAUUCACAAUCGUCAUCCUCAAGAUAUACUUGCAUACACUUGGGAAAGCUCUGAAGUUCCGGAAAUUAUUAAAAUUAGCAUUCAUCCAUCGAGAGGAAGAAUACAAUCUCUAAAAAUGCAGACAUUUUUGUUAACCGUAAUUACCGGCCCUCGACCAUCGAAAAUAACAAUUUGUCUCAAUUGUAAAUUCAUCAAUAUUAGUGAGAAACGUCUUUAUGAAAAGGAAAUUUUAUCUUCGUUGCAUACGUUGAAAUCUUUAGAAAACAAUUUUACUAUCACGGAAAAAGGAAUUUAUUAUCCGAAAGAUGUACAAGAGAAGAGAGAGAAUUUAAAACCAAGCGCACCAUUUUACAAAGGUUUGACGAUUCGCGCCUUUAUUUACAGUAAAGAAGAUUUUGAAAUGAAAGCAACAUUGGAACAACAAUUAAAAUUGAUGCCUACAAAUGAAAUUAAGUUGCACAGCGUGAAAAAAGGAGCAAUUGUUACUGAAAAUAGUUUAAGAGUGUCUGGAUUUAUUCUAGAAUGCAUAAUUUGGGAUAUUUUGAAUAGCAGAGAAUUUCAAUAUCUUAUGAAAGAAGUUAAAAAUGACUCAACGGGUGUGAAAUACUCACAAAUAGUAAUUGAUUCAAGAAAAAGGAAAGCAUUGGUGAGAAAAUCUUUUAUUAAACCACCGAAAAGUAUGAUUGAAAAUAUAUUACAGACGAUGAUAUUCACCAUAAUUCAUGAAGAAUAUGGCCUGGACAGAAAUCAUUUAGUCGAACCAAUUGACAUAAGGCAACCAAGACAACUUACCUAUAGAAAAAAAUCGUCCGGCACCCAAAUGAAUCGGUUCUCGCAAUUGUGA